UUUUGUGCGGAACAUUUCUAUGUACAACAUUCACGUUUUAAUUGAGUAAUUGAAGGAAGUAAUAUUUUUGAUACAUUUCUAAUCUCUUUAGUUAAAUUUAUUCCGACCAGUUGUCAUACAGUUGAGUAACUUAUUUUUAUGUGUUCAAUGCAUUAACGCGCAUUAAAAGGGCAAAAAACAAACACACAUUUUAAAUUUCAGGAAACUAUAUGAUGAGCCUGAAGCAAACUGGAACAAACGCCACCUGUGAUAAUCUGAGUGCAGGUUUCUCAGUGUGGGAUGAUCAGUGGGCAGGGAGGGAGGAGGGGAGGGGAGGCGUGUCCCAGUAGCUCCAGCAGCCUCCUGUUUCUGUUUCUGUCCCGCACAUCAGAGUUUCUUGUCCCGACGCAAGGACCCUGUUCUCCUCCUCUCCUCUCCGGAGCAACAACAAUCUGCCCGGGGGAGAGGAAUGAGGAUCUGGCAUGCCGCCUGCGGCCAGACCGAUGAAGGACCGGCCCAGGAUGUUAUAUUACUGAGAGGUUUUAAUAAUUUUUUGAGAAGCAUCGGGGUUUCCUGAAUGAUCGGACCUAUAUAAACAACAACUUCUGUUUUACUUUUAAGUGGCAGCAGGAAUUCACUAGAAACUUUUUUUUUUUGGAGAUGGAGCCGGAGGAGGGGAAAAUCUCGGUAUGGGUCUGCCGAGAGGAGAAGCUGAUCUCCGGACUGACGAAGCGAACCACCUGUGCCGACGUUGUGAGGGUUCUGCUAGAGGACCAGAACCUGCAGCAGGGCGCUGCAGCCGCGAUGCUGUCCGGCUCCCCGCAGUCCUACUGCGUGGUGGAGAAGUGGAGAGGCUUCGAGAGAACUUUGCCCAACAAGACCAAGAUCCUGCGGCUCUGGAGCGCAUGGGGAGACGAGCAGGAGAACGUCCGGUUCGUCCUGGUGAAGAGCGAAGCUUCGCUGCCCAACAACGGGCCCCGCAGUGCCGAGGCGCGGGUCGUCCAGAGCCGGGAGAGCGGCGUCCCGGGCGGGCUGCUUAAGGGCACCGCCAAGAGCUGCUGGGUCGCCGCGGCCGCUGCAGCCAACAUGUCCCAGGAGAAGCAAAGGCGGAUCGUCCGGAAGGCCUUCAGGAAGCUGGAUAAAAUGAACAGAAAGAAAGAACAGACAUUGCCUAAGGGUAAAUGUUCAGUGGAGAAGAUGGAGACGCUGGUCCACCUGGUGAUAUCGCAGGAUCACACCAUCCGGCAGCAAAUCCAGAGAAUCAAGGAACUGGAUCGGGAGAUCGAGCGAUACGAAGCCAAAGUGCACUUUGACCGCAUUAAGAGACACGGGGUGAACUAUGUGCAGGAUACAUACAUGGUGGAUUCCUCUGGGGAGACCCCGGUUUCUUCUGUGGACGGGAAGCGCAAAGCGGAGUUCCAGGACGUCCGCUGUGCGGCUGAGGCGCUGGCGCAGUUCGAGGAGUACGCGCGCCGCUGCGAGGAGGUGGUGCGCCUGCAGGAGGAGGUGACGGAGCGCGAGGCGCUGGUGGAGAGCAUCACCGGGGAGAUCCAGGAGGAGCUCAACCGGCGCUGGAUGAGGCGGCGGCGGGAGGAGGGAGCAGCCGAGGCGGCGCAGGACACCGACAGCACCGCGGAGGAGACGAGCCUCUGUGAGGCCGCGGCUCCAGCUGUGGAGCCAGAUGUGGAGAGCCUGUCAGAAAACGAGCUUCUGCUGGAGGAGGAGAGGAUAAAAACCCAGCUGGACACUAGUCUGUACAUAGGCUUGAGACUCAAGACGGACCUAGACUCCAUCAGAGGGGACUUGGACCUGAGUCUGGCACUCUGGGAAACCAAAGAGAGUGAACUGUUGGACCUGCUUGCCAAAGUUGAAACCAUGGAGCUGAAGCAGGCGAACAAAGAACUGACUGAUGAUGGAAAGAAAGAGCUGGCUGCAAGCAGUGUGGAGGCUGACCCGGGGUCAGAGGAACAGAGCAGUGGCUGGGUAGAGCAGGCUAGAGGUCUGUCAAAAGCCAGCAGCAUCAACGAUGAGGACUCAGACACAGGUCUGAGCUCCAUGCACAGCCAGGACUCUGACAACCCUCCUGUGUGUGAAUCACUGGUGUAGACUGGGUUUGUGUCAGAGCAUCUUUGGCUUUUAUGCAACUUCAUGUCACAAACUCAGGGGCAGAGAGAUAAAUCGGUGUUGGCUUCCUGAAAUAUGAAAUGCACCUCUGUGUGACACUGCAAUUCUACAGCAAUAAUCUAUAUAUAGUCAUGGCACAAUAAGCUUAGACAGGACAGCAUGUGCAGUAGAGCCUUGGUAAGAUAUGCUGCUCCAUGAGCUGAUUUCUGACCUCCACCAGGGGAGUCAAAAGAGCAUCAUUAAUUAGAAGUAGUAGCCUGCAGGAGUGUUAUAACAAGCAACUUAUGAUCCAUUGUCCUGGAACAAGUGCUGAGACCAACCUGAUCACAGUUUCACAGCUCAUCUUGGUCAACUUGUUUAAGCGGCAAAAACACCGGGCUGACAGUUGUUUAAAUGGAUGUAUAGGCAUGUCAGCUAUGAACGUGACAAAAACGAAUGCAAAAAGUGGAAUCAUUCCCUGCAAUUUUGAAAUAGUAAUCAUAGAGUGGUCAACAGUUCGGAAAAAUAGACAUGUAAGACGUGUAACCUUUACAAAUUAGAAUAAAAACACUGAUGUUUACAUUUCCUUCUAAGUAGAAGUGUUGAAUUGGCAAAAGUCUUUCUGUUUUCUUUCUAUUUCCUCUUAGUUGCAGACAGGCAUGGGCAAGUAUAAGAUUUUCAGAUUAUCUAAAUUCUUUUAUUUAAAACAGACAGGCAAAGUUAUUCCUACUGCUUUCAAAAUAAAGUAUUUUGAUUACCACAGUUCUACUAUUUUGACUGUAUCGCGUAGAGAUUAGUGUAAAACUAAACAAAAAAACAACCAAAUAAACACCUGCUAAGUAGUUUUAGUGCACAGAUUAUACCCUGCUCUCAUAGAGUAACACUGGGAAUAUGAAAAAAUGAUGCGUGGCUAGCGAACCCAUAGCCAACAGACUCUUUCAAAACACAUUAAGGCAUUAGUUUACCCACCAUGACACUUAGUUUUUUUUAUGACCAGAAAUACUAGCAAAAAACCCCCAAAAAAACAAAAAACAAAUUUUGAUUUUCCUGUUAGCAUCGAAAAAGCCAAGAGUCUUUUUUCAGCCAGAUGACUGGUAUUGUGCAACCAUUGGUGGUGGGAGGGGAAGAACGGCACUACUUUAUGCUUCAUGCAGCCAGCCAGAGAAGUCACUCUGGCACUUUCUCUGGCCUCUAAUUAAAAGGACUUUAAACUAGUUUAGAGGUUUUGAAACCAUAGCUUUUUAAAACCUAUGGUUUCAAAACCAGCCUUCUUACCACUUUCCUACCAGCCAAUGUCUAAUAACAAAUUAUAUAUAUAUUUGUUUUAAAUGGUGCCCUUAUUACUGGUUAACUGUCUACAAAUUAAAUAUUUUUUCAACAUAGUAUCUGAAUGAACCUUUGACCCUUAAAAAAGCAAAGCAAAAUUACAGCGUGUUCUAUAAAUUUCUUUAACUUAAUAAUUUCAGGCUAAUAAAGCCACAUCUCUCUUUGCUUUUCUUUAUUUUUAAUACGGUUCUACAGGAAACAUUAAACUAAAUGUAAUUCCCCAAAUGGUAAAAUAAAUGAAAACAUAAACUAGACAUGGGGUGAUAUGUAUUUAAAAUUUUAUCACAAUAUUUUAUUUAUGUAUUUUAAUGAUGUUAUAAAGGAUGGUAAAAAGUUUGAAAAAUUCAACACUAUAUGUUUAGUUCUAAAUCUAUAUAUUAAAUACUGUCACCUCACAAAUAUAAAUAUUGCUCUAGAAAUAAAAAUGACUCAUUAUUAAAAAGUAAGGAAGCACCAAUCAAUCGUCCAGAGUUUGGAAUUGGAAACCUUUUCCUUAGCCAGCUCUGAUCGGUGAUUGGCAGGUCAAUUAUACUAACAAAUCAGAUUCUUUUGCCUAUUCAUUAUAUGCAUCCAAAACUAAUCGGCCAAUUAAAGCAUCAACUAACAACAUGUACUUUGAUACACUUCUUUUGAGUAUUUUCCUUUGAAUUAAAAACUACUACCUUCAAUCAAAGAACCUAAAGCAUGUUUUUGUUUCUCCUUAUAAAAAAAUCUAAAUUGGUCAGAACCAACAGGUCAGAGAUUAAAAGAAAACCUGAAUGUAAAAUAAAAGGAAAAUAACAUGGGUUUGAUCAUAUUCUGAAACAUAACUUGAGCAUUUACUGAUGAUCAAUAGAGGAAAAAAGCAAAAGCAACAAAAAAUAACAAUCUUAAUAAAUCGCUUCCAUUGCAUUUUAUUAAUAUUAUUACAGAAUAAUUUUAUCACAGUCUCUUUUUUUGUGGUAUUUCUCCCAUCAUUAUAGUGAACAAUUAUUUCAUCUCUUGGUUGAUUCCCUGCAAUAAAUCAAUAAUGUAGUUGGUCAUUUUUUAAUUUAAUUGUGAAAGAUAAUACAGUCAACCUUAUAAGUUUAGUGAAGCUGUUUUGUUGUAGACUACCACUAACUCCCAAUGACUUGCAAUGGAAAAGGUUUAAAAAGAAACGAAUUGGGAGCAAUUGAAGCACAAAUCUCACAUUUAGGCCCCAUUAAGAUCCAUAAAAUGUGGAUCCCACAUUUUCCAUGAUUCUGUUAGAUAUGAUCUUCGAUCAGAAGCUCCUCUGCCUAAGCUUUUAAAUCCCCCCCGUCACGCCCUGUAGGAUGAACAUUAGACCCAGUCCGAUGACAUCAUCAGGCUGAUCUAAUGGAGUCAGGAAACAUCAUACGUGAAUUUUUUGUUCCAGACUGGCAUUAGUUCUCCUGACAGGGAAGCUGAACACUGAAUAAAACUAGUGCAGUGCUCCUAUAAAUCUGUGUUUGGAUUAUUGUUAUAACAUCAAUUUGGCUGCUCUAAAGGGCUUUGUUUCCAUGUGAAGCUUCUUACUCAACUAUAAUCAAUGUGGGCCAAGAAGGAAAAACCUUGUUUUUAUAUUAAGGUUCAGAUCAAAGAAUUAUGUCUUCUUUGUCAUAGAAAUGUUGUGUAGUGCAUAGUGAGACAGCAGGUCUCCACACUCGUUAUCCACUGUGUCGUAAACAUAUUUAUACUAACAUUUUGCAUUAAUUUAGUGCAGACUCAUGUGAUUAAACUCUGCUACACAUGCAAGUCCUUCUGCGGGUACAAACACCUGUAAGAAAACUGGACUUCUAGAUGCUUUUGGAACAGACCCAUUUAGUAAUCCUGCAGUUGCUGCGUGUCUGAACGCUGUGACAUUAAGGAGAACUAUUUUCAGCUUCGGUUCACUUUUUUUUUUUUUUACCCUGAAAAUAGUUGCCGCAGAGCGCUUUCUGGCCAAGCUGGCUCCUCUGAGACCUGCGCAGACAACAAGCAUCGCAGCAGAAGUGAUUCAUCACUUUAAGGUCUUCUUUCAAGAAAAAAGAAAUACUCUCUAACAACUAUGUUGUUGGGAUGUUGUACUAUCAAGCUUACAUGUCUGGCUGUCAAAUUGUAAAUGUGAACAAUAUUAUCUUUGUGGCACCUGUAUAAAAAACGAUACUGUUCCUGUGGAGUUACCAAAAUGACCCAUGUGUAGCUGAUUUAUGGGACUUGAUCAGGGACCCUUUAGGCCUCUCACAUUCUGGCACUCAGACUACUUUUUCCAGAUGUGUGGCACCUAGAUUAGCAACUCUGAAGCAAAAAAAAAGCAAACACGUCCACUGUGGAAGAAGCAUAUCACCACUCAGCCGUUAUAGAGUUGAAAUAAACAGCAACAUCUGGA